GGAGCGGCAGUGCAUGCUCAGCCCUUUGGGGUGGGGUAAGGGCCCCCAGGCUGCUGCUGUUUAUGGCCUGAUUGCUCCUCCACAUGCUGCUAUCCUAGAAGACAUCUGGGUGGAGACCUAACAAGGCCUUUCGCAAGAAGUCUGUGCCUGGUUCUCAUGGCCAACUGAGGCCUUCAGUGCCCACAAGUGCCCCUUUCCUAGAGCUCAGCUCAGGGUUCCGGCGGGAAGGGUGCCUGGUAACCUCUGUCCUGGCCACUGACAUUGGAUGACAUUGGCUGUCAUUGUCAGUCUGCCUACAGGCCCAGCCUGGGGCCUUCAUGUUCCUGAGUGGUUUGCUGGUCAGGGACACAGGUGACACGACCCACAAUCCUCCAGUCCAGGAUCAGGUGCUGGAGCUGCUCGCUGAUGGACACCAAACAGGAGGGCACUCAUGGCUCUGAGGGCCCCCUUCUGGUGGACCUCCCACAGUCUUGGGUCUCAGCCUUUUCCCAGCCCCACCUCCCACGUGGGUGUAUGGAGACAGGGAGACACUGUGCCCCUAACCUCAUGUAAGCCCUUGGAGAGGUCCUCGAGGCCACCAUCCAGCCUGGCCAUGCGGCUGCCCACACGCCUCCUGUCCGUGCUGGUUCUGCUCAUGGUGCAGUCCCUGGGCAGAGCCUGGGUCUCCAAUCCCUGUGCGAGCCCCGUGGAGGCUCAGUGUGACUUCCUGUGUGACUGCAGAGACUGCUCCGAUGAGACCCAGUGUGGUUACAAUGUGGCCUCACCCAGCCUGGGCACCCCCUUCACUUGCGACUUUGAGCAGGACCCCUGUGGCUGGCAGGACAUCAGCACCUCGGGCUACAACUGGGUCCGAGAUCGUGCAGGGGCACAGCCCGAAGGGCCUGUGGCUCACACCGACCAUACACGCGGCACAGACCUGGGCUGGUACAUGGCUGUGGGCACUCACCAUGGGACACAGGCCUCCAUUGCGGCCCUGCGCUCCCCAGUGAUACGGGAGGCAGGCCCCGCCUGUGAGCUGCACCUCUGGUGCCAUGUCACAUCUGGAGAUGUGGCCGAGCUGCAGCUGGAGCUGACCCACCGGGCAGAGACGCUGACCCUGUGGCAGAGCUCAGGCCCCUGGCGCCCUGGCUGGCAGGAGCUGGUGGUGACCACCGGACGCAUCCAGGGUGACUUCCGAGUGACCUUCUCUGCUACCCGAAACGCCACACACAGGGGUGCCGUGGCCUUGGAUGACGUGGAGUUCUGGAACUGUGGGCUCCCAGCCCCCCAGGCCACCUGCCCCCUGGGCCACCACCACUGCCAGAACGCGGCCUGCAUAGAAUCCCACCAGCUCUGCGAUGGGGAAGACAAUUGUGGCGAUGGCUCUGACGAGGACCUGCUGUCCUGCAGCCAACACAUGAUCACCGACUUCGAGACAGGCCUGGGCCUGUGGACCUACUCAGAGGGCUCUGCCUGGAACCACAGCACCGGCGGUCCCAAGGGCUCUGCUUGGCCACACAGAGACCACAGUCGAAACAGUCCACAGGGGUCCUUCCUGGUCUCCAUGGCCAUGCCUGGCAACCCCGCCAUGCUCCUCAGCCCCCAGCUGCAAGCCUCAGGCUCCCACAACUGCUCGCUCAUCUUCUACCACUACCUACAUGGCUCCGAGGACGGCCGCCUUGAGCUGCUCCUACAGACACAGAGCCCUGGCACCUCCCAGGCUCCUGUGCUGCUUCGGCAGCGCCACGGCGAGCUGGGAACAUCCUGGGUCCGAGACCGAGUGGAUAUCCGGAGCACCCACCCCUUCUGGAUCCUCCUGACUGGGGACACAGGUCCUGGAGGUGUUGUCGGGCUGGACGACCUCAUUCUGUCUGACCACUGCACAGUGACCCCAGGGGUGGUGCCACCUCAUGUGCCUUGGCCCAAGGCCCCCAGGCCCCAGCAGUCCAGCCUGCAGGGCCCCUGCCAGCCAGGGCAGCUGGCCUGCAGGGACCUGUGUGUGCCCCCCGAGCAGCUGUGCGACUUCCAGCCCCAGUGCGCCCAGGGCGAGGACGAGCAUGAGUGUGGCACCACAGACUUUGAGUCCGCUGCAGCCAGGGGCUGGGAAGACGUCAGCAUAGGGCAGCUACAGUGGGUUCGGCUGGCAGCCCAGGAGAGCGGGGGCCCGAGCAAGGCUGCUGCAGGGCACUUCCUGUCCGUGCAGAGGGCCUGGGGGCAGCUGAGGGCUGAGGCCCGGGCCCUCACGCCUGUCCUGGGCCCCUCGGGCCCGCACUGUGAGCUCCACAUGGCCUACCACUUCCACAGUCAGCCCCAAGGUUUCUUGGCACUGGCUGUGGUGGAGAGUGGCUCCCGGGAGUUGGUUUGGCAGGCACCAGGUAGCAGCUCCAGGGACUGGACAGUGGACAAAGUCCUUCUUGGAGCACACCACAGGCCCUUCCGGCUGGAGCUGGUCGCCCUGGUGGACUUGGAUGGCCCUGGCCAGCAGGGGGCUGGGGUAGACAACAUGACCAUGAGGGACUGCAGCCCCACAGUGACCACUGAGAAGGACAGAGAGGUCACCUGUAACUUUGAGUGGGAUGCUUGUGGCUGGCACCUGGGCCACCUCACAGAUGUCCAUUGGCACCGGGUAGAAAGCCACAGCUCUGGGCACGACCACACCACUGGUCAAGGUUUCUUCAUGCUCCUGGACCCUGCCGAGCCCCGCAGCCAUGGCCGCCAAGCCCACCUGCUCACAGAACCACAGGUCCCAGUAGCCCGGGAGCAGUGCCUCAGCUUCUGGUUCCACCUCCAUGGGCCCCAGAUCGGGACGCUGCGCCUAGCCAUGUGGAGGGACGGGGAAGAGGAAGUUCCUCUGUGGUCCGGGUCAGGCACCCAUGGCAACCGUUGGCAUCAGGCCUGGGCCACCCUGCACCACCAGCUAGAGCCCAGUACCAAGUACCAGCUGCUAUUUCAGGGCCUCCGGGAUGGGUAUCACGGCAUCAUGGCUCUGGACGACGUGACCAUGCAACCUGGCGCAUGCCCUGCCCCCCAGCGCUGCUCCUUUGAGGAUUCCACCUGCAGCUUCUCCUCUGGCGGGCAGGGCCUGUGGAGGCGCCAAGCCAGUGCCUUGGGCCAUGCUGCCAGUGGCCCCUGGACAGACCACACCACGGAGACAGCCCAAGGGCACUACAUGGUCGUGGACACAAGCCCAGACGCGCUACCCCGGGGCCAUGUGGCCUCCCUGACCUCGGAAGAGCACUGGCCACUGCCCCAGCCCGCCUGCCUGACCUUCUGGUACCACCUGAGCCAGCACAACCCAGGCACUCUGCAGGUUCGUGUGGAAGAGGGUGACCACCACCAGACACUCAGCAUCAGUGAGCAUGGCGGGCUCGUCUGGCGCCUGGGCAGCAUGGCUGUGCAGGCCAAGCAGGCGUGGAGGGUAGUGUUUGAGGCAGUGGCUGCAGGCGUGGAGCACUCCUACAUGGCGGUGGAUGACGUCCUCCUGCAGGACGGGCCCUGCCCUCAGCCAGGGUCCUGUGACUUCGAGGCUGGCCUGUGUGGCUGGAGCCACCUGGCUUGGCCAGGCCUGGGUGGGUACAGCUGGGAUUGGAGCAGCGGUGCCACCCCAUCCCCAUACCUACGGCCCACCGUGGACCACACUCUGGGCACCGAGGCAGGCCACUUUGCCUUUUUUGAGACCGGCGUGCUGGGUGAUGGGAGCCGGGCAGCCUGGCUGCGCAGUGAGCCCCUGCCGGCCACUGAGGCCUCCUGCCUCCGCUUCUGGUACCACAUGGGCUUCCCUGAGCACUUCUACAAGGGAGAGCUGCAAGUGCUCCUGGUCAGUGUCCGCGGCCAGCUGGUAGUGUGGGCCGAGGGCGGGCGGCUGCGGCACCAGUGGCUGAAGGCCCAGGUGGAGGUAGCCAGCGCCGAGGAGUUCCAGGUGGUGUUUGAAGCCACACUGGGUGGCCAGCCGGUGCAGGGGCCUAUUGCCCUGGAUGACAUCGAGUACCUGGCUGGGCAGCACUGCCAGCGGCCCACAGUGAGCCCAGAGACACCACAGCCAGCAAGGGGCGGCACUGGCUACACAAGAAGGGGGGCUGGGGCUGGCCUUUCCAGAGGGACAAGGACUCAGCAGCCCACAGCUUUGACAACAUUCUCUUCAACGCGGAUCAAGUCACCCUCCCUGCAGCUGUCACCAGCAACCCCUAGAUCACCAGUGCAGGCCCUGGCACCUCGUGUAGCACCUCCACAACACUGCCACACUUUGGACCCACGGUGUGGCUGGGUUCCCUACUCUGUGAAUAAACACCCACGCCCUCAAGGGCAGCCUGAGCUCUCAGGCUGGGUCAAUGUGUCCAGCCUGGCCUUGGGUCCCCAGAAGGGAGGUGUGUAGCCCCUCCUUGCUUCUCAGUGCAGUGUGGAGACCCAAGGGCCUCAGGUAACAACACAGGCAGACCCAGGGGCACCCAGCUGGACAGCAGAGCCACCCGCUCCACAGGCAGGUGUGGGCCCCAGCCUGCCACUGACUGCAUCCAGAGGGAGGAUGGGGGUUACCCAUGAGUCCAGGGUCACUGGAGAGUGACAGGCCACUGGCAGGGGGUGCUGCCCAUGAUGGAGGGUCCCUCCACACUCCCGAGCAGGUGACAGGAGGGCUGAAAGGGGACACUGAGGCUGUACAUGUUGGACAGGAUCAGGAUCCUAAGCAAGGUGGCCCAUUACCACCACACCCAGAUGUGGGCCCUGCAGUUGUGGCACCCAUGGUACCUUGGGGCUGUCUUGUGGAGGGGCAAACCUGCCUGGGGAGCCAGGCGCUGCCUUCUGCUCACCAAGGAGCAGCACUGGGCUCCUGCCUGUGCCAUCAGCCCCGAAAAGGGUGGCAGGGGCCAUGGCCAGUACCACCCUGUGUCCACAGGUGUGAGGCCGGCUGACACCCAGGGUCAGGGCAGGCGGGUGACAGGAACACCCUGAAGGCAAGAACUAACUCCAAGUCUGGGCAUCUGUCAUGAUGCUCCACUCUGUCCCCUUCACUGUGGCCCAGCGCGAGGAGGCGGCCAGAGGCUCAGGGGAAGGGAGUGUGGCCCCAGCCUUCCUAAAAGCGCCCCCUCCUGGUGAGGUGGCGUCACAAUGCCCAGCUUCAAGCUCCAAGUGCCAACAGGUGGCACACAGGAGAAGGUGCCGCUGCAUGCCCUGACCAGAGGAAGGGAGGGCGGCAGGAAAGAGCCAGAGCCAGGCUUCCAAGGGUUCUCUUUGUUUGACAGCAGGGUGGGUUGGCUGCGGGCCUGACCCAGGUUCCGCAGGGCUGCACUAGGUGGCCAUCUGUGCUGGUGUCGAGGACCCAGCCAGGAGGGAGGCUCAGCGGAA